CUGAUGGGGGGUAACUUGUUUUGUCUUCUUUGCUGCCUCCUCAGAAUGACUGCCUUUUGUGUGAUGAAACUUCUGUGUCAAGCAACCAGAAACGAGCAGAGAUAUGCAAAAAGAUUCUGUGGUACAAUUCUGACACAGAGACAACAUAAGAGGGUCUUCUCUCCAUUCCGGAAGGUGGUGUCUGACCCUACAAAGUCAACAGUAUUUGGACUUACACAACCAUUUUGUACAGCUAAAAAAACUCCCAAGGAGCCGAAAACGGCAUUUGGAAGUGUUGGGCGAAGAAUUCCUUAUCGGAUAUUGCACGUCAUCAACCAGGAUGGAGAGAGCUUAGGAAAUAUGCACCGAUCUGAGGCACUCAAACUUAUGGAUCAGCAUGACCUGAAACUAGUUCUUCUGCGUGAGAAUGAAGAACCUCCUGUAUAUAGACUAAUGACUGGGCAGCAGAUUCAUGAAGAACAGCUGAAACGUGCAGAGAAGAAAAAGUCAAGUGCAAAAUCAGAGAUGGUUCGGAAAGAGUUGUCCUUUUCUUCAGCUAUUGCCAAGAACGACUUAGACACCAAGACUAAACAGAUAGCCCAGUGGAUUGAAAAGAAAUACCAAGUUAAAAUUACCAUCCGGCAAGCGAAAGACAGCAAUACAGACAUGUUCAUGCUUUUUGAUCAGAUUUUGGAGACUGUGUCUGAGAAAGCCACUUACCUUUCCAAGCCAAAAAUUACUAGAGAAGGAGUGAGUACCUGUAUUUUAAGACACAUGUCUGACAAGGAGCUGAAAGCGUACCAGAAGAUGGAAAAACAGAAAAGCAGUACAGAAAAGAAAGAUGAAGAUCUGAAAUCAAAUGAGUUGCAUCAAUGACUUUAUAAAAAAGUAUAAACAAUCUCACUUAAAAGGAAACACAACCCUAUAAUAAAAUUAUUGUUGAACUUUACAUUGAUUAUUCCAUGAAGAAUGUCGUCUCAGUCCACCUUUACUGCAGAGUCAGAAUUUCAACAGCUGGUAUUUCACUUUCCAUGGGCUUAUCCAUUGUCUUGCUUUGUGUCACAACAGCAUCCAUCCCUGGCUGUGUUUUAGGAGGAAUGUAGCCGCUCAAACGAGAGGCUAAGCUCCUCUUAGGACGAGAGCGCUUUUUCUGGCAGAAAUAAAUGCACAAUUAGCAACUUGA